UAUGUUGUUAUGUAAGAGGGGCAGAGCCGAUGUGUGCCUUCUGGAACAGAUGAGUUGAGUUAGUGAGGCACUCCGAGGUCUCUGCUCUCCACUCUGGUCCACAGUAGCACACCAUUCCUACUUUCCUCACUCUCUUCUGUUUUUCCAUCUUACAAAAUUUACCUAUACAAUGUCUCGACCACUUACUGAUCAGGAGAAGCGAAAGCAGAUCAGUGUUCGGGGUUUGGCUGGAGCAGAAAAUGUCUCUGACUUAAAGAAAAACUUCAACCGUCACUUACACUUCACCCUUGUGAAGGAUCGCAAUGUCGCCAAUCCUCGCGACUACUACUUUGCCCUCGCGCACACAGUGCGUGAUCACCUGGUGGGGCGAUGGAUCCGAACACAGCAGCAUUACUAUGAGCAUGACCCCAAGAGGAUUUAUUACCUCUCCCUGGAGUUCUAUAUGGGCCGGACACUCCAGAACACCAUGGUAAACCUGGGUCUUCAAAAUGCUUGUGAUGAGGCUACAUACCAGCUUGGACUAGACAUGGAAGACCUAGAGGAGAUUGAAGAAGAUGCUGGGCUGGGAAAUGGUGGUCUGGGUCGACUAGCAGCCUGUUUUUUGGACUCCAUGGCCACUCUUGGGCUGGCUGCAUAUGGUUAUGGAAUCCGAUAUGAGUUUGGCAUCUUCAAUCAAAAGAUUAGCAAUGGCUGGCAGAUGGAGGAGGCAGAUGACUGGCUGAGGUACGGCAACCCCUGGGAAAAAGCAAGGCCAGAAUAUAUGAUCCCUGUCCAUUAUUUUGGUAAAGUCCAACACACUCCACAUGGAACUGAGUGGGUGGAUACCCAGGUUGUUCUUGCUCUUCCAUACGAUACCCCAGUUCCUGGAUAUAAAAAUAACACUGUUAACACCAUGAGGCUGUGGUCAGCAAAAGCUCCUAAUGAUUUCAACUUGAAGGACUUCAAUGUCGGUGGCUACAUCCAGGCUGUAUUAGAUCGUAACCUUGCUGAAAACAUCUCACGCGUUCUCUAUCCAAAUGACAACUUUUUUGAAGGUAAAGAGUUGCGUCUGAAACAGGAGUAUUUUGUGGUGGCUGCCACACUGCAAGAUAUAAUCAGACGGUUCAAGUCCUCUAAGUUUGGGUCCCGCGAUGCAGUCCGUACAUCCUUUGAAGCAUUUCCAGAUAAGGUGGCCAUACAGCUCAAUGACACUCACCCAUCUCUUGCUAUUCCUGAACUCAUGAGACUUUUUGUGGAUGUUGAAAAAAUGGACUGGGAUACGGCCUGGGAUCUGACGGCCCGUACGUGUGCUUACACCAACCACACAGUGUUACCUGAGGCUUUAGAGCGGUGGCCGGUUCAUCUGCUGCAGACUUUGCUCCCAAGACAUUUGGAAAUCAUCUAUGAAAUUAAUCUGAGACAUCUCAAUCGUGUCUCAGCCAUGUUCCCUGGAGACAUGGACCGUCUACGUAGGAUGUCCCUUGUUGAAGAGGGCUCUGUUAAGCGCAUUAAUAUGGCUCAUUUGUGUAUUGUGGGCUCCCAUGCUGUGAAUGGUGUUGCUCAGAUCCACUCUGAUAUCAUAAAAGACACCGUUUUCCAUGACUUCUAUGAAAUGGACCCCCACAAAUUCCAGAACAAGACUAAUGGCAUCACACCACGGCGUUGGCUGGUGUUGUGUAACCCAGGCCUGGCAGAAGUCAUAGCAGAGCGCAUCGGGGAGGAUUAUAUCACAGACCUGGACCAGCUGAAGAAGCUGCUUAACUUUGUGAAUGAUGAGGGAUUCAUCAGAGAUGUUGCAAAAGUCAAACAGGAAAACAAGCUGAAGUUCUCACGGUAUUUGGAGAGUGAAUACAAAGUGAAGAUUAAUCCAAGCUCCAUGUUUGACAUCCAUGUGAAGAGAAUACAUGAGUAUAAGCGUCAGUUACUGAACUGUCUACACGUGAUCACCUUAUACAACCGUAUAAAGAAGGAACCCAGCAAACAGUAUGUGCCCAGAACAGUGAUGAUUGGAGGAAAGGCUGCUCCUGGGUAUCAUAUGGCUAAGAUGAUCAUUAAGCUGAUCACUUCUGUGGGAGAUGUUAUCAAUAACGACCCAGCAGUUGGAGACAGGCUGAAACUCAUAUUCUUGGAGAACUAUCGUGUUUCUCUUGCAGAAAAAGUGGUCCCUGCUGCUGACCUCUCUGAGCAAAUCUCCACUGCUGGGACAGAAGCGUCUGGCACAGGAAACAUGAAGUUCAUGUUGAAUGGUGCUCUUACAAUUGGCACCAUGGAUGGGGCUAAUGUGGAAAUGGCAGAAGAAGCAGGAGAAGAUAACAUAUUCAUCUUUGGCAUGCGAGUGCCCGACGUAGAACGUAUGGACCGCGAAGGUUACAAUGCUCGGUCGUACUAUGAGAGGAUUCCUGAGCUCAGACAAGGGAUUGAUCAGCUUAAUUCAGGAUAUUUCUCCCCCAAACAACCUGACCUCUUCAAGGACAUUGUCAACAUGUUGAUGAAUCACGACAGGUUCAAAGUAUUUGCAGAUUAUGAAGAUUAUAUCAGAUGCCAGGAUUCUGUCAGUGCCCUUUACAAGAACCCAAAAGAAUGGACUCGCAAGGUGAUCCACAACAUUGCUGGUUCUGGAAAGUUCUCCAGCGACCGGACCAUUGCCCAGUAUGCCCGGGAAAUAUGGGGUGUGGAACCCAGCACCUUGAAAAUCCCUCCACCUGAUGUUCCACGUGAUUAACUUCUUUCAACUCUGUUACUUGAUGUCUUCCAAAGUCAAACACCUCUGCCACACCAAGGCAUUACCCCAGGCUCACAAAAUGUGAUAUAUGCAGACAACAGUCUUAUAUCUACCACAGUGACUAAUAAUGAAACACUUCCCAGCCCACCACCAUGUAGGAAGCACAAAAAUAAGCACCUUUCUUUACCUAUUGGGUAUCCCUGUUUUCUUGAUUUUACAUUAAUACCAGUCCCCCAUCGACAUAGCAGAAAUUGCUCCUUAUACCCAACAAGGUAGCUAGAGACCUGCACAUUUCUUUCCUAUAAUAAAACCUACUAUACAUAGCUAUGUAACCUACGUUACCUGCUUUUCUGGGUAUCCACCAUCAGAUUAUCUGAUACAGCUAGUCAGGCCAUGCUGGCUUUUGCAUCCUCAAAGAAGGAGAGAACAGACAGUGCAUGGUGCAUUUUGCAAUUGCCGCUGACCCCCAAGACCCUUGGGCCCAGCAGUGCCUGCUGCCUCCAUUGCUCUGAUACUGCUUCCACCACACUCACUCUGUACUGGAUGCUAGGAAUUCCUUAUAGCUAUAGCUACUAGAACAUCUUGAUAUUCUAAUUCCUCUUUUAUGUCCUUAUAUAUAUGAUAGCUAAUCCCUGAGUUUUAAGUCUAGGGUAUGAUGCUAAACAUGUAUAUUAUAUUUAUGUUGUAUUCCAGUUACUCCUUAUACAAUAUUAUCUAACAUAACCCCUUUAGGGCUUUUCUAUGACUUACAAAGUCUUUAAGAACAUCAGUAACCUCUGUUGUAUAUCAUCAUCUAAACGGCUUGUAUGUAUUUAUACAUUUGGCCCAACUGGAAAAAGAAAACAUAUUGGAUAGCACUAAUAGAUCCUUGGCAUGGGAUUGUCAAUUAGCAAUGUCUCCUGUUAUUUAAUAAAGUUAUAGUAUAAUCUA